CAGCCUCUGUGGUUCAUAAUCAUUCUGUGUACUUCACUCUAACGUAAUGGUUUUUAGAACCUUGUUUUAUAUGCUUUGAUCCCGAAAUUGUUUUUUCAUAGUCAGAUUGAGUUGGUUGUUGGUUGUUGGUUAUUGUGUCUUUAAUGGAUGUCUUUACACAGUUGGUAUUAAGACUCACGUACUUGUAUUUAUGCUUUAAUGGAUGUUUUUACACAGUUAGUUUCAUUACUAAAACCAUUUCUUGUUUCUUGUUUUGUGAGUUUCUUUUUGUUGAGCUCAAGCAAGUCACAGUUAAGGAGACAAGGAAACAACAUUUCAACCAACCGAAAGAGAACAAGGAACACAUGGGGCUCCAUAGCUAUAGCCAGCCGUCGUCAUCUGAAUGUAAUGGUUAUCUGGUUGACGAACAAUCUAGCCAGCCAUCUGAUUCAAGUGCUUACAACUAUGCAGAGAGUGAACCUGAGUUGGGAUUCCCCAAGAAGUGUUAUUGUGGUGCUGAACCUAUCAUUGACACAUGUUACUCGAGGAAUGAUCCAGGAAGAAAGUUCUUCUCUUGUGGGAACAGAGACGAUGGGGAGUGCCAUAUAUGGAAGUGGUGGGAUGUUGCGGUGAUGGAGGAGAUGAGAGCAACUGAAACAAACUAUAGCAAGGUUGCAUCAAAGGUAGAUACUCUUACUCACUAUGAAACUGAGCUGAACGAGAUCAAACACCUGAAGAAUGAAACUGAUGAGAAGAUCAACAAGCUAGAGAAGCUUGUUGCUGAGUUGAAUACGAAGAACAGAGGGUUUACAUUCAGUUUGGAAUUGGUUCUUGGUGUCUUAUUAUGUUUAGUUGCUAUAUUAGGUCUGAUUAUGUUUAAGUAG